AUGUUCAUUAAAAUGAGUGACGGAAUAAACACAUCGGUUGCCAUCGAUGGCAAAGAAGAGUCGCAACCAUUUCAAACAGAUGGCAAAGUGACCAUACGCAAAUUGCCCACUAACAACACUCACCAGGGUGGUAGUACUAAUUGCAAUUGUUCCAUGUGUGCAAUUUUAUGUGUGCCCGUUGCGUGCGCUGGAUCAUGUGGUUCAAUCUAUCUACACGACUGUCCCCGAGCGCCCGCAUUACCCAUAUUAAUGAUAAGAUACGAAAACUAUAUUAAUUACAUCAUUAAAAUGAGUGACGGAUUAAGCAAAUCGGUUGCCAUCGAUGUUAAUGAAGUGUCGCAACCAUUACAAACAGAGGAUAAAGUGACCAUCACCAAUUUGCAACCACCCAGCACCAGUGAACGCUCAAUCUACAGUCGCGUCGACUGCCCCGCAGCGCCGGCAAUACCCAUAUUGAUGAUAAUGGAUGUGGCGAUAAUAGUGUACCAUGCACGUUUUCCUAAUUUUGAAGACUCGGCAUCCGACGACUACUGUCACCCAAACCUAUAUUUGACCGCCUAUUGGAUACUUAAUAUACUGUUUGGCGUCGCGGCCAUAGCUAUUGCAAUAUUUUGUUGUUGUUUUUUACCCAAGUUGAUUUCUAAGAAGAAAUUGGUAGAAGUGAAACAUAUCGCCGAUAUAGUAGGCGAAUGGGGUAAAUGGCAGUUCAUGUUAUUCUCCCACUGUUUUCUAUUCUUUGGUUCCGCGGCUUUUGUUAAUAUGGGAUAUGUUUUUCACGCAAAACGUGUGGACUUCUGGUGCGCCGACACACCAACCAAUCUAACUUCACAACAUUUGAGCGAUGAAACAAAAUGUCAUAAAUAUAGUAAUCCAAACGAAAGCUGCACUCAUUGGGAGUACAAUAGGACUCAGUUUCGUAAAACAAUUAUUACUGAAUUUGACUUAGUGUGCGAUCGUGCUAACUUUGCAUCCCUGACACAAUCAGUUUUCAUGUUGGGUUAUGUGGUGUCGGGUCUCGUGUUAUCGCAUUAUAAAGAUAAAUAUGGUCGACGACCCGUCGUAUUGUUGUGCUAUUGCUCGAGUGUUGUGGCCCUAAAUAUCGUGCCUCCGUACGCAUAUUGGUUGCAGGACUUUCGAUACAUGCAAUUAAUAUCAGCCCUACCAUUGCUAGCAAUGUUAAUCUGGUUUUAUUGCCUUCACGAGUCACCACGAUGGCAAUUAAUUAAUGGCCAGACGGCUAGAGCUGAGGUUAUCAUUAAAAAGGCAUUGACAAUGAAUGGCAAAUCUGUGGACAACUUAAGCGAACAAAUGAGACAAUUGGCUAAUAGUAUGCAAACAACACCAGAAGCAAACAAAAAGGAGAAAGGUCACAACGUGCUGGAUUUAUUCAAAACACCAAACAUUAGAAAAUACACAUUCAUUAUAUGGUACGGACAGGCGAUAAACGCGUUGAUCUACUACGGGCUGAGUUUAAACAUGGGCGACUUUGGGGGCAAUUUCUACGUAACUUUCCUAUUGAUGGGUUUGAUGGAACUGCCGGCACAAGUAUUGCUCCCAUUAUUCCUGCGAUAUAUUGGGCGCCGCAAAGUGUACGCCAUGUUUAUGAUAAUCACAGCCAUGUCCUGCGUGGCAGUGGUUUUCUCCCAGAGCCAGAGCUCAUGGCUGCGGGUGUUGUUGGCAUUGGUGGCCAAAUACGGGAUUAGUAGCUCAUGGAUGGCGCUAUCAGUUCAUGGCUCGGAAAUCUAUCCGACAGUUGUCCGCAACACAGGACAAGGCGUGGCCUCAGUUGUCGGUCGCGUCGGCUCUAUUAGCGGUCCAUUUAUGGGAAAUUUGGCCUCUGUGACUAGUUUAACAUUUGUAAUGUGUUCAUGUGAAGUUAUGGUAAAAGUGAAACAUAUCGCUGAUAUAGUGGGCGAAUGGGGUAAAUGGCAGUCCCUAUUCUUCACCCAUUGUAUACUAUUGUGGGCGACCGAAGCUUUCGUUAACAUGGGAUUUGUUUUUCACACAAAACGUGUGGACUUCUGGUGCGCCGACACACCAAACAAUCUCACUUCGCAACAUUUAAGCGAUGAAACGAAAUGUCAUAAAUAUCUUAAUCCGAACGAAAGCUGCACUCAUUGGGAGUAUAAUAGGACUCAGUUUCAUAAAACAAUUAUAACUGAAUUUGAUUUAGUGUGCGAUCGGGCUAACUAUGCACCGCUAACACAAUCAUGUUUCAUAAUGGGUUAUGUGUUUUCGGGUCUCAUUGUAUCGCAUUUCUCGGACAAAUACGGUCGACGACCCGUCGUAUUCAUAUGCUAUGCCAUUGAAAUAUUGGGCGUUAUUUCCUGUGCCUUCUCAUAUAACAUUUACCAAUAUCUAAUCUCACGAUUUCUCACCGGACUGGGCUAUUCUGGCCUCAAUGGGGCUUUAUUUAAAUCAAUCAAAACUAAGAAAGGUCAUAAUUUGCUCGAUUUGUUCAAAACACCAAACAUGCGUAAAUACACGUUAAUCCUAUGGUACGCGUGGGUGGUAAACGCGGUUAUUUAUUACGGCAUCAGUUUAAAUAUGGGUGACUUUGGGGGCAAUUUCUACAUAAGCUUCCUAUUGUCGGGUUUGAUGGAACUUCCGGCAAAUCUGUUAACACCACUAUUCCUGCGAUAUAUCGGUCGACGAAAACUGUACGCAAUAUUCAUGAUAAUUACGGGCGCGUCGUGUGUGGCAGUGAUCGCCGCCGACCGGAGCUCAUGGCUGCGGGCUGUCAAUAGGCGUGCUGACCUGAGCCUCAGCACAGUCAACAGCCAGCGAAUCGUUCUAUUAGCGCACCAUUUAUGGGGAAUUUGGUACAUUAACUGUAGUAAUAAGACCCGACAGCAGCCAAAACACUGUGCCUCUGUGACUAGUUUAACAUUUGUGAUGGUAUUAUAUGGUGUUCUAACAGCUGUGGGCGCAAUACUAGUGUUGUAUUUGCCCGAAACGAAAGGCAAGGAAAUUCCCGACACAUUAGAAGAGGCUGAAAAUUUAGAUAAAAACAAUCCCCGGCUCAACAGGGAAGAAUGUUCCCGGGUAGAAGUGAAACAUAUCGCUGAUAUAGUGGGCGAAUGGGGUAAAUGGCAGUUCAUAUUAUGCGCCCAUUGUUUUUUGUUGUGGUCGUCCGCCGCCUUCAUUAACAUGGGAUACGCUUUUCACGCAAAACGUGUGGACUUCUGGUGCGCCGACACACCAACCAAUCUCACUUUUGAUUUAGUGUGCAAUCGGGCUAACUAUGCCUCUCUAACCCAAGCAUUUUUCAUGUUGGGUUAUGUGGUGUCGGGUCUUAUUGUAGCUCAUUAUUCGGACAAAUACGGUCGACGACCCAUGGUGUUAAUGUGCUAUGUCGUUGAAAUAUUGGGCAUAAUUUCCUGUGCCUUCUCUUAUAAUAUAUACCAAUAUCUAAUCUCACGAUUGUUGGUUGGAGUGGGCUAUUCAGGCCUUAGUCGAGCUACUGAAUACUCGAGUGCUGUGGCCCUAAAUAUCGAUCAGAUAUACAAAUCGUGGCCGGAAUUGGUUGGCGAUGCUAAUCUGUCUCCGCGAUGGCAGUUAGCUAAUGGACAGAUAGACAGGGCUGAGGUUACCAUUAGAAAGGCAUUGCAAAUGAAUGGCAAAUCUGUUGACAAUCUAAAAGUGCAAAUGCAACAAUUAAAAGUUGACAAAAAAGAGAAAGUAAACGCGUUAAUUUAUUACGGACUGAGUUUCAACAUGGGUGAUUUUGGGGGCAACUUUUACGUAACAUUCGUAUUGUCGGGUUUGAUGGAACUUCCGGCACAACUGUUAACACUAGUACUUCUACGAUAUAUCGGUCGACGAAAACUGUACGCAAUAUUUAUGAUAAUCACUGCCCUGUCGUGUGUGGCAGUGAUCGCCGCCGACCAGAGCUCAUGGCUGCGGGUGUUGUUAGCGUUGGUCGGGAAAUACGGUAUCAGCAGCUCAUGGAAUGUGAUUCAAAUCCAUGGCUCAGAAAUCUAUCCGACAGUUGUCCGCAACAUCGCUGUAGGGAUCGCCUCAGUUGUCGGUAGGGUUGGCUCUAUUAGCGCACCAUUUAUGGGAAAUCUGGCAUCUGUGACUAGUUUAACAUUUGUGAUGGUAUUAUAUAGCGUACUGACAGCUGUGGGCGCAGUACUAGUGCUAUAUUUGCCCGAAACGAAAGACAAGGAAAUUCCCGACACGUUAGAAGAAGCUGAAAAUUUAUAUCAAAACAAUAUUAUUUAA